AUGAACAAUUCAAGUAAUAUAUCUCUUCAACAGCCUACAGUGUUCCAUCAACCAAAAAGUAACUUAAUCCCACAACUUGUUCCUAUUGCUGUUUUAAUCAUCAUAGCAAAUGGAGUCGUGUUUUACCUUUUCGGCAAAAUGAAGAGUCUGCGCACUCCUGCAAAUUAUUUCUUGCUAAGCCUUGCUAUAAGCGACAUCAUGACGGGGUUGAUAAAUAUUCCGUUGUUCCUGGUUUUGAUUUAUAUGCUUCAGCUUAGUCCGUCAUUUUACUGUACCUCAGAGAUCUUUCAUAACGUGAUUUCAUUUUCGAUUGCUUACCACAUCACUGCUAUUACAAUGGACAAAUAUUUCGCCGUUGUCAACCCAUUUGGACAUUUCUUGAUGACUAACAAAACAGCGAGGAAGACAUUAUCAUCCGUAUGGCUUUUCUCGGCGUUCUUGGGGUCUUUACCCGCUAUUUGGUGGGAUUCAUGGCUUGAAUUGGACUCUUCUGCUUUAUAUUUACAAGCUGGACAUAUUAUUUUCUGUCUUUCCUUCGUGUUUUUUGUCCCGUAUACGUUUAUCCUUUACGCUUACGGGGUCAUGUUUAAAGCGGUUUCUUUGAAGCGUUCGUCAAAAGAAUCAUCUGGCCAGAAAGAUUCCCGCGCUUUUAAGAAAGCUAACAACGAAAGGAAAUGUCUCAUAAUUCUGCUUCUAAUGGCGACUGCUUUUGCAGUUUGUUGGAUACCUUGGUUCACUUUACGAGUAAUGUACGCUCUAUACAUUACGGGAUGGGUAGACAUCAAAGAUCAUGUUUCUUUGUCCAAAGCAUCUCAAACGUUUGUCAUCGUCAGAUAUAUCAGUUCUGCUAUUAAUCCCUUAUUACUAUACUCUGUAAAUAGUCAGCUGACCGAACUUCCGCCAGUUAAAAUAUAA